CUUUCCAACAAGAAAUGAACCCAAGAGAGAGGUGGCUGAAAACAAACCCCAAAAAAAGAAUCAAUGCAUCCGACGCAUGUGUGUUUAUACAGUCCUUGCAGCGUGUUGCUUGUUUCAAGCACACACACUCUCUUUUUCACCAGUUCAAGUAAACCUCUCGAGUAAGAAAGGGGGAAGUGCUUGGAUGCAAAGGCUGAGGGAAUUGAAUAGGAGGCUUUUUUCAUUCACAUAGACUAUUUGCUCUUUCUUUCUUUUACUUUUCACCUAACUCACUUUCUAUUACUUUACGUUACUUUCUCCUCCGACUGUUUGCUAGCACGUAGACCCCCCUCGUCACACUCGUAGCGGAUGAAAGAAUAAUAUACCCUCAGUGGUUGACGGUCAGCGAAAUAUAAUCCAUAAUAACCAUCGAACAUGUUUUCAGCAGUGUCUUAUUUUGACUGGAAUCGAAUCUUGACAUUGAAUCGAGAGUAUCCGACGGACGAGGAAGUAAAAAGCAGCGGCGAGACGAUUCCGGAUUGGGAUAAAGUUCCGCAAACAACGGCAUGGGAGCGAUGGGCCUAUUAUUUUUAUUAUAACGGGAACAAUGGAAUCAACUAUUACAGCUAUGUGCCCAAUGUGAUACAAUACCUAACCGCGGAAAAUGGAUGGGAUCCGAGCCAGGGUCCUCAGGGUGCAGUUCCGUGCGGUGAGAGCACAUCGUGCGAGGUCCGUCUAGGCGGCUCCACGAUCAGUGUGGACAGUCUGAUUCUCUUGUACAAUGGGCUAAACGCAUUGAUCCAGGCAUUGGUAUUGACGACCAUAGGUUCACUAGCGGAUUACGGUAACAACAGCCACAACAUCCUACUCGUCGUGACAAUCAUUUCCUGUGCAGCCCAAAUUGCAUUUUUGGCAUUCAACGAAGACGCUAGCCAAUACUGGGGUGUUCCCUUCUUGGUUGCCUUGGUCUUCCAAGUCUCGUACGGUGCUUCGUUGGUGUUUUAUUGGGCCAUUUUCCCUUCCUUGGCCGUCAACGAUCCCAAAGUCCGAGCAGCGAAACGAAACCCACAUGUCAGUCAAGAAGAAUAUGCGGUGAUUGAGUCCUUUUGUCGAAACCAUAUUUCUACGAUAUCCACUGCUUGGUCCAACAUUGGUUUUUUUGUCAUUUCUACUCUGAAUAUCAUCAUUGGCAAUGCUUUGGCCAUUCGCUAUAAUGUGUCCUGGGAUGAAGUGCCUCAGUAUGGUAACUCGAUUUAUAGUGCCAUGUGUGGUGCUUAUUGGCUGCUCUGUGGGAUACCGUGGUUCAUCGUGCAGAAAAAGAGACCAGGGCCGCCGUUGCCUGCGGAUGCCAAUUACUUCACUUAUGGAUGGAAAACACUGGGCCUAGCGAUAAAAGAAUAUCGACGGUUGCCACAAACAUUCCUGUUCCUUGGUGCCUAUUUCUUAUUGAACGACGCUGUCUCGAGCAUGAACAGUGUGACACAGGUGCUGACGGUCAGUUUGACGAACUACGAUGGGUUGAUGCAAACUUAUCUCUCUCUUGUCCAAGCCGUUUGUUCCAUCAUUGGCUGCUUUUUAUUUUUGCAUGUUCAAAAGCGGUUUCACCUCUCGACAAAGACCAUGCUGCAGAUCUCGACUGGGUUUACGGCUAUCAUGCCCAUUUGGUGCUGUAUUGGGAUCUGGAGUCCCACCAUCGGGUUUCGUACCCAGGCUGAAUUGUGGAUUUAUAACGCUUGGUUUGGUAUCUUUACUGCGCCAUUCUAUGCUUAUUCUCAGACUUUGAUGUCCGAGUUAGUCCCCAUCGGCAAAGAAAACAUGUUCUUCUCCCUCUUUGGGAUUGUUUCCAAAGUGGCCCAAUUCUUUGGCCCUGCAUUAAUCGGAGGCGUGGUUGCAGCCACGAAAAACACACGUAUUGGGUUCAUUUUAUGUGCCGUGGCCAAUGUUUUACCCUUGAUUGUUGUUGCUGCGAUUAAUAUGGAACGGGCGGAGGUACGAGUGAAAGUGUAUGAGGAACAGGAACGACGGAAAUCGGAAACCAGUGUGGAUGAACUUUUACAACAUGGCCAUCAUCAUAAUUCGGACGACGAUGACGACGACGACCAAGUUGUACAUGAAGAAGUCUUUUAUCUACCCCAACAGCAACCAUCAUUAUCAUCCGUGACACCCUCAUCGAAUCAUCCAAAGUCGUCGGAUGGAUAUCAAGGAGGCUAUGGGUUCUGAAACGGCAACAUAAUAAUUUGUACAUUGUAAAUAUUACUUAAUACUACUACUUACUACCACUACUACUAUACUACUAGCUAGUAAUUGCAA